AUGUUGCGACCAGGAGAAAUUGAUCAGCUCCGUGUUGGAGAUUUCUGCUUCCCUGAGGCGCCUGAGCUUGCAGAAGGGGUCGGGCUGGUGGUUUCGAUUCGCCAAGCAAAGACGCGGAGGGUUUGGGCAAAGCAAUUCGUCAUCAUUGAUUCCAAAGAGCUUGUGGCGUGGUGUCGGUGGUGGACGGAAGGCAAAGGCCCAAAGCAACGUUUUCUGUCUCCUAGUCGGCGGCGGUGGUCCCAGGUUUUGGUGGAAGCCCUAGAGAUCCUGGACUUGAACAGUUGUGGCUUUACGCUGUCUUCGAUGCGUGGGGGCGGUGCUUGUCACCACUUCAAAACACAGAAGAACCUCGGGCUGCUGCAGUUUGCGGGAAGGUGGCGUCGGCCGGAAACUUUGCGCCACUACCUUCAGGAUGUGCUAGGUAUCCACGCCCUGGCCCAAGCACCGUCUACGGCUAGGGAGAAGCUUUUGCAGACUUACGAGCAAGUGCCUUUGCUGCUGACGCCGCCUCCCUUGGCUCGACGAGAGCCAGGCACGCCCGGUGUGGGCAGAGGCGCACGGCGACCGACGGAUGCCGAAGCUGACGCUGUAGAUCGACCCGAAGUGGUCGCUGCAGCCCUUUAUGAGGCCGCGGAGACGGCAGCCAAGGGCUUGAGUCAGCAGUCAGUCGGCAAUGGUUUGUCUGGUGCGGAGAUGCUCCAGAGCCCGGAGAACCGUGCGGUGGCAGCGCGCUGGCGGUCAGGUGAUGCUGGCCGGCGCGUGACAGCAGCUUUGGCGAGGGCCAUGCAGGCUCUACAGGAAUGGGCUGGGGGUACCCGUGCUCCUUCGCGCGGGACUCUCGCGGUCUUGCUGGCGGUUUUCCUGUUUCCCCGAGUUUGGGCGCUGCUGAUCGCCCUGGUGGUGAGACUUCUCAGCCGGGCGCUCCUCAGCUUUGCGGCGCACUUCCUCAGCGAGCUCUACGCGCAGGUGGUCUUUGGCGCUGCAGAAGUGGAACAACAACUGGUGGAGUGGUUGCAGUGGCAACUGGGCUGGCCUUCACCUGCGGCUCCGCCGGCCUACUUGACAAACGGGGCCCCUACGACGCCGCCGCAGGCACCGCCGCCGCCGGGGCCAACUGCCCUCCCUACCCGGCCCAUAGACUUGCUCACGCUCUUGCUGCUCGCUCUCCAGCUCCGCUCGGAGAAGAUCCAGGGCCUCUUCGGGGACGCUCCGGAGUAUAUCUCGAUGCUCCGGCUGUCGUUCGUGGAACUUCCAGCCUUCUUUGCAGUGCUCAUGCUUGCAUAUCACGAUGGAAACCCAGGAGCUCCGGCUCCUGCUGACCAGAGCUGCCAGGGACCAAAGUUGAUCCUGCACGUCGGGCCAAAGAAAACGGGGACCUCCGCGUUGCAGGACUUCUUGGUGCAAAGGGCGACGUGGCUUGACGAGGUGUGGGCUAUCGGCGUAGGCUUUCGUGAAGUGAAGGUGGCUGCCUAUGAUCUUGCUAUACCUCUGUGGGAAGAGAACAGAAUUGAGAAGGACAAGUGUGAACCCAAGCAGAAUGCAGAGAAACUAUCUGAGUCGGUCCAGUACAUCAAGAGUCUGCUGCAAAGACGGUCCCUGGUGGUCGUGUCCAGUGAGGCGUUUGGAUCGCCUUCGUUCACCAACAUAUCUUGGCAGUGCUUUAAGUCCCUCAUCGAACCAGGUGCCUGUCUGUCUGUGGUGGUUGUACACCGGAGUGCUGCCACGUGGAUGGCAUCUGUAUGGUCGGCAAGCAACAAACUCUUGAGCGCCCCACAAAGCUUUGAGUCCUUUAUGGCAUCCUACGCUGGUCAGCGCCGGACAGACGCGCAGGGAGAUUCGGACCCACAGCUGCAGGUGCUCAACUUGCUGAACCAGGAAUUCCCGGGAAGGGUGGAUGCCGUAUCAUACGAUUACUUGGAGGAGGUCAACAUGAGCCUUGCCGCUUUCUUCAUCUGCAACGCUACUCUCCGACUGGCUGGGGAGCACUGGCAUCGGUGCCAGAAAUCUGUGCCCCGCGCAAGAGUUGUGAACAAGUCCCCACUUCAUGCAGCCGUCGACGUGGUGCGUCUGGCGCGGAUUUACUAUUCGGCUAGGCAGACGGCCCUCAACAAAACGAGCCCCUGCAAGCCCUGGCCGAUCGUCGACCUGCGGAGACGCGGUGCUCCCUCGAACCCGGAUGGGGUUUUGAUUGCUUACAACAACCCUGCUGUUGCCGACAUUGCGAAGCAGCUCCCCCAAAAGUGCGAAAUUCUGGAUGGGCUUUUUGAAAGCGUCACGCAGAAGUGGUUUGCUCGAACAGGAGCACAGAGGCCGCGAAAUGGUUCAAAACCGAUCUGUACUGUAGACAUCACUGCGAUGAGACCGGAGCAUUGGCAACUACUGGGCAGAGUGGUGCCAGACUGUCAAGAGUAA